UUCAGAAGUAGAGAGCACAAAAGCAAGAUUGAAUCUAGUGUAGAUUAUAGCUGUCCUAAAGGUGAUGGUACCCCUUCCUGUUUUUAAAUUUGUCUUUCUUGGGAUUCGACAACUUACAAAGCCGAUUACUAAACAUGUUGUCGCGCGAGCUAACGCAAAGAAAGGCAUCACACACAAAGUAUGCAUUGGCUUAGGUCGUAUAUCCUUGGGGCUCUCUGGAGUCAUUACAGAGUGGUCCAAUAAAGAAAUGCAAAAACAGGCUAAAAAUGAAGAAUUCACAGAAGAGGAGAAUCGAAAAGCUGCAAAGACACCGUCAAAGUUGGAGUCGGAGGCGAUCGAAUUUGGCGGUGAGUCUCCCUCAGGGGGAAACGCAGCGCCGCAGAAUAAAGCCAACCCAAAGUCUUCAUCCUCCAUGGCGAAAACGGAUCUGAAUUUCCCCCAAGGCAUGGAAAGUAAAAAAUCGGUCAACGCAAUUGCCAGCGCCACACCAAGGUCGCGUUCACUACUCGAGGUUCUCACCUAUGGCCCUCAGCCAAAGGAAUCCGAUAGGUACGACAGCAGUAUUUUUGUAAACCCAAGGUGGCUUGCCGGUGGGGUUGCCCGCAUCCUUAUAGGUCAAUCCUAUCAUAGUGCAUGGGCGGUAUUCCGAACAACGUUUCUUUCACCAUUCCCGGAGGAACGUCUCGUAAAUGCAGGGGUGGAUUUGUUGAUAGAAAUGUUAGCCUACAUGGUGUUGGCGUCAUUGUUGUUUUGGGAACUUUCUAUUCAGUCAAAGGCCAAUGCGGCGAAGGAGGCUAAAAUUGAUGAGAUGGAGAAGAAGUUGAAUCAACUAGUAGAUAUGAUGCACUCGGAUGGUCAAAACAGCAUCAUUAAAAUCACGCCGGUCCAAAUCCUGAACCUAGAAGAAAGCGCAGUAACCCCUGGAAUACUGUCCUGCGCGGUAGAAAUGCAAUGUGAAAAACAUUCCAUACGCAACAAGAAAUAGACUAUGGUAAAAAGUGUUUGUAUGUAAAGGAAAAUCCUAAUGAGUCUAGAAAAUUAAUCUGGGUGAACUCUGUGGUGGAAUCCGGACUGCAUGACUCUUUGAAGUAGGCAUAAAGAAAGUGACAACAUACACUGACAGAAACGAUGCCGCAACCGUGGGUCCGUCUGUAUUUCUAAGAACCAUAAGGAAUUUUCCCGUUCUUGUUGGCAUACAAAUAUUACAAUAUUUUUAACCUUUCACCUGUCGGGAUUAAAAUUGCUUGCAUUCCUCCCUAUCCUUUUCUCUAAAAUCAUUAAACCUAAACUUAUUGUCAACAGGAGUUUUUGUUAUAGUAAUGAAUUGCAAAACCGUAUUAACUUAUUUAGUUGCCAAAGACUUCUAAGAACUUGAAUAAGGAAUUGAAUGUAAUAAAGAAAUCGGACCCACGUACAUUGUUUUUGAGUAGGAAAAAAAAUCAUGUGAUUUAUCUUAGCCUGAG